CAAUUAUUACACCAACAAGAAUGAAUAAAAAAUUGUAAACUAGUUUGCACAUAACAAUAUAAGAAGAGAUGUAUUAUCAUCUUCCUGUUCUCAUUCCACAUCUCCUAGCUUUUUAGCUUAAAGACAUGACAAGAUCAGUUUUCUUCUUCUUUACUGUCUCUCUUUUGCUUCUUCUUCUUCUUGCGGCGGAUUUGGCAACUGCAUCUUCAGGAAACACCACAAGUGGGUUUGGAUAUGGUGGAUGUGCUUCCGGAGACACCGUUGGAGAAUGCAUAACUGCAGCGGUUGAAGAGGAGGAGGGAGUUGAGGCGGUGGUGAGGAGGGUUCUGCAACAACAGAGGAGGAAACUAAGCUACGCAGCUCUACAGAAGCAGCAAUCUUGUAAUGGUAAGAUCGCAGGUAAUUGUAUUGGAACAGCUAACCGGAGAAACGCACCUUGCACUUACUACAACAGAUGCAAACGUGCCACUUAGUUUUUACUUUUCUUUGUUGUAUAUGUUGUGUUUCUUCUCUUCUUGAUUAUGUGUUUUUGUUAUAUUCCUUUUUUUUUCCAUGUUUAAGAGUAUAAUAUAAGAAUAAGGAUAAGAUAUAUUGGAUUUGGUCUUACUAAAAGCCUACUUGCAAGUAACAUAAGGAUGAAAUGAAGAAAGAUAUAAAUAUACAGUAACCUCUGAGUUGUCAAAAGUAAGAAAAUGUAUUUGAUGACGUUAUAUGAUUCACAUAAACUAAGUUAUACAUUAUGUGAAGUGAUUGUACAUUAUGGGAUCAAACAAGACAAGCCGACAUAAUCAAAUAAUUGCAAGACAAGUAAUAAACUAAUGUGUGGAUGUAAAGAUAAUUGAAAAAGGAUAUUAUCCUUCUUCUCUUCAUACAAUAAUUCCACAUCUCCUAGCUUUUAUAAGCUUUAAACAUGACCAAAUCAGUUUUCUCCUUAUUCUUCUUCACAGUAUUAGCCUCUCUUUUGCUUUUUCUCGCGGCUGCAUCUGCAGGGAAUGGCACAAGUGAGUUGAGGUAUGAUGGAUGUGCUCCCGGAGAUAGCGCCAGAGAAUGCAUAAUGGCGGCGGCUGAGAAGGAGGAUGAGGAGGAGGCAGUGGUACGGAGGAUUCUGCAACCAAGGAGGGUUAUAAGCCCAAAACCUCUGCAGUGACAGCCGGCUUUACCCUGUAAGAUCGCCGGUAACUGCAUCAAAGCUGUUAAUGGGAAAGACGCAACUUGCACUUACUACGAUCGUUGCCAACGUUCAGCUUAAAUUUUUCUUCAUCCUUUUAUCAUUGUAUUUUUAUAUGCUGUUUCUUUUUUCCAUUAAUCAUGUGUGUGUUUAUGAUAUUUUAGUGAAAGAAAAAAGAGAGAGAGAGUGUGUAACAAGAAUAAGAAAGUCGAUCUGUUGUAACAAAAAAAUGACGGUCGAAUAACAAGAAUAACUUUUGUCUCA